CAGACAUACCAAAGGAAGACUUCAACAUGUGGCCACAUCUACUCCCGCUAGCACUAGCAGUGCUGCUCCCUUUCCUUGCAAUUGUGAGUGGCGAUUCGUGCUCCGAUUGUUCACUCUCUGGUGGUGUUUAUGCCUGCGUCGAUGAAUACAGCUAUGGAAUAUGCUUUAAUAUGGGAUUUGUCGUUCCUACUGCAAUCAAAAAAUGUCCAACUGGCUAUUACUGCAAUGUUGAUGGUGGUGAAUUUUGUACACCAAUUGAAACUUCUGCUCCAUCCUGUGUAACACUCCCCAUAAAUGCAGAUGCAUACUGUGCGAAUCUAAAAAAAGAAGGCUAUUUCCGGGUUGAGAGUGAUUCCACCUGCAAGGAUUAUAUACAUUGUUACAAAAUAUCUGGAGAAUAUCUUGGCUGGCUCAUCAAUUGCAACACCAACGAAUAUUUCAACUCCCAGACGAGUCGCUGCGAAACUCAACGACCCGAUGACUGCUGA